AUGAGCAAAAAGGCGAAAUCGAAAUCGUACGCACUACCUCAUUUCCCUAUUCAUCCAAAACAAAGAGUAACGAAACCACAGUAUCCGUUCCAGCGAUCCGGUAUGGAUUACAUGGGACCCUUCAACUUCAGAAUUGAUAACUUGACUACAUCCAAAUACUGGAUCAUCUUGAUAACCUGCUUGAAUACUAGAGCUAUUUUUACGGAGAUAGUAACCAGCAUGUCUACAGCAGCACUUCUCCAUGUAAUUCGGCGAUUCGUUGCGACAAACGGGUUCCCACAAUGGAUGAUCUGCGACAACGCCAAAGUCUUCAAAACACUCGACGACCUCCAGUCGCAAUUGUUUAGGAAGCAACCAGAAGAUAAAAACGUCAUGGACUACUGCGCAAACAACAAGAUCUCCUUCCAUUCCAUCGCAAGCCAUAGCCCUUUGCAAGGAGGCUUUACGAAAGAAUGGUGGGAAUUUUCAAAGCAGCUUACCGGAACGCCAUCAAAAACAACAUCUUCGAUAUCGAAACGCUAA